AUGUUUUUGUGUAUUUUUUCAUUUCUUAUCCUUCAGCAUGUAAAUACAUUUGAUAGUUCCGGUAAUGAUGCUGAAUUGGAAUUAGAUGAGUCACAUAAAACACCGAUUACAAUUGAUACAGUAAAUAGUUUAUUGAGGAAAUUUGCAUACAAAUCUUUUAAUGUGACAUUCCAGCUUGAAAUUAUGCGUGCUCUUGAAAUGAUAAAUCGUGGUCGUUUAGAGUUGACAAUUUGGUCACAUGAAUAUUGGACAAUUCCAGAGCUAUCCAUCGCUAAUAAAUUAUGGCAAUAUCAAAAUUUUUUAAAAAUUCAUUUAAAUUCACGAUCAGAGCUGAAAUUUUCACCAGAAAUAAUUUUCAAAAAUGCACUUUAUUUCAAGGAACAUUGGACACCAUUACUAAAUACUAUUUUAGAAAUUAAUAGUAACGGUGAUAUUGGAUUACAUUCAUUGUAUACAAUGGAUAUACCAUGUACCAAAAUUAUUCCAACCAAAUCAAAAUGUAUCAAAUAUGAAUUAUGUGGAAUAGAAAUUACGGAAAAUCAAGAUUACGGUAAUGUCGAUACAGUAUGCGAACUUCAUUACGGUAGUCUAAUUCAUGACAGUACUAAAAUGCAUCUUAAUUGGGCAUCUAAUAAUGUUCCGGAAGCAAAUUUGCCAUGUUCUAUUGAAUUAAUGCCAUAUUGUAUUAUCAAAAAAAUUCGAUUAUCUAAAAAACAAAUUACAUUUCUUGGUGAGAAAUACGAUGAAUUAACCGCAUGUUUUCUACUUAGUUUUUCAACUAAACAUUAUACAGCAACUUGA